AUGGCAGAUAUUCCAUUUAUAAAUGUAACAAUAAGAGUUAAAACUAGACAAGAUAAGAUAGCAGAUGAGUGUAUUGAAGGUUUCCCACUUCGAAGGUGGUCAUUUGAGGUAUGCAUGUUGGAUAAGAAUGGUAAGGAAGUUACAGCGGAUAUAAUACAGUCUUGUGCUUACUACUUGCAUUCAAGUUUUACAAAUCCUAUUAGAAGUUUUAAAAAUCCUCCAUUUCGGUUAGAGGAAGAAGGUUGGGGUCAAUUUGAUUGUAAAAUAGCUUGUCAAUUUAUAUUCAAUGGUGGUCAAUUUUCUUUAAACCACAAAUUGAUCUUUUCAUAUGCUGAAUAUGCCAUUGAUUUUAAUAUCAAAGUACCAGUCCAUAUACCUGAGCUUCAGGAUAAAUUAAAAAUGCAUUUUGAUAUAUCGCACGCAAUAUCUCAAGAAACAACUGAAGAAUAUAAUGUUGUUGCUGUGAGUAAAUGGUUAAAAAAACUCCCUACAAUGGACGAAGAUGUUGUCUCAGAAAUUGUGGAUAAGGUUUUACAACACCCUGCUAUAAAGAGCGAACUAAACAACAACCCAAUAAAUGAAACAUUUAAAAUGGAUGUAAGCCAAUUUCCAAACGAUUUGUUGGAAGAAAUAACCGACUUUAUGUCUAAAUUAAACAAUUAA